AUGGCUGAACGUACAGGGUUGAUUCCUUUUGAGACAGUCUCAGAUUGGGCCAAAGUAGGGUUAGUUCCUUUUGAGACAGUCUCAGAUUGGGCCACAGUAGGGUUAGUUCCUUUUGAGACAGUCUCAGAUUGGGCCACAGUAGGGUUGAUUCCUUUUGAGAUAGUCUCAGAUUCGGCCAAAGUAGGGUUAGUUCCUUUUCAGACAGUCUCAGAUUGGGCCAAAAUUGUCCCAAAGGUUGAUUCUUUUGAGACAGUCUCAGAUUGGGCCAAAGUAGGGUUAGUUCCUUUUGAGACAGUCUCAGAUUGGGCCACAUGUUCUGACAGCCCUGAGUUCUCUCAGGGAAGAGUAGUAACACGCACCUGGGCUUAUCCGAAUUUCAAUAGUACAUGGAUUUUAAAUCAAAUUGAAUCGACACGGCUGAACGUACAGGGGUUGAUUCCUUUUGAGACAGUCUCAGAUUGGGCCAAAGCUUAUUCGACUUUCAAUAGUACAUGGAUUUCGAAAUCGAAUUGUAUCGACACGGAUGAACGUACAGGGUUAAUUCCUUGUGAGACAGUCUCAGAUUGGGCCAAAUUCUCUCAGGGAAGAGUAGUAACACGCACGUGGGCUUAUCCGAAUUUCAAUGGUACAGGGAUUUUAAAUCAAAUUGAAUCGACACGGCUGAACGUACAGGGGUUAGUUCCUUUUGAGACAGUCUCAGAUUGGGCCACAGUAGGGUUAGUUCCUUUUGAGACAGUCUCAGAUUGGGCCACAGUAGGUGCCUGA